AUGCAUAUGAAGACGGCGUAUAAAGGUGCUAUGUCCUCUCAGACAUCUAACCAUUCUGACCAGCACAAUCUUCAACGUGAAGUUGCAACGCAAAAAGCAGCGAUCCCGGCUACAGCGAAUGAUAAGGAAACUGCACGGAGCAGCUCAAGCUCAACUCCAGUCCGUGAGCAGUCGACCACGGCUAUCGACGACCGACUGAAAGAUCCACCGCCAGCGCGAGAGACCUUCCUUGCCUCUCUCUGUAGAGCUAUAGGCCGGAGCCACCUAACGCAGUGGCUUCAUGAUUCGAAUACAGUACCUGCGGAAGUUUGCGAUACAUCGACAGUCAACCUUUCAAAAAAAGAGAACCGAGCGACGCCAUCUUCAUCGAAGCAAGAUAAGUCCACCGCCAAAGCCGAAUCUCCACAAAACGCAGCUCUGAGCCAUUGUCAUGGCAAAGAGAAUCAUAAGGUGCAAGUCAAGCAUCGUUAUUCACUCAGAGAACGUCUGAAGGGGGUCUGGAAAACUACUUUACCUAACACAGAGUUAGUAUUGCUCCUAUAUGCCUCAUAUCGAGCACUUAAACUUCAAGCUCUAUUUGCUAAUAUACAGCAGAAAAUGCGUUAG